GUGUUACCGUUUGAUUCGGUUUGCGGAAGUGGCUUCAUUAUCACACCGAGCAGGAUUUAAACAAUACACAAUUCCAUCGGUUUUCAGGCUGCACGAUGCGGUUGAGAUGUUGGCUGUUGUUUGCUGUGUGUGUUUCGGGGUGUUUGUCUGUAACGACGGGAAUCGAGCCCAUCAGCACCAGCAUUGCUGUCGGGAUGGCUGCUGCUAUCACCGGUUUUCUGGCCAGCUAUCAAAACGCGUUUUAUUACUUUCACGAAUGCUGCAGACCGGAGUGGAUCUCGUACAACAAAACAGGGCUGAAGCAUGACCUCAACACAAAGUUGUUCGGGCAGCACGUCGCCUCUCAGGUCAUCAUGAAAGCCGUCACAGGCUUCAUGAGCAAUGAGAACCCGAAGAAGCCGCUGGUUCUGUCCCUCCAUGGCUGGACCGGUACUGGGAAGAACUUUGUGAGCCAGCUCAUAGCCGAAAAUAUUUACCAAAAAGGAAUGUCCAGCAGUUUCUUUCAUCUGUUUACCGCCACAGCACAUUUUCCUCAUGAGAAACACAUAGAAACAUACAAGACGCAGUUGCAGGAGUGGAUAAGGGGAAAUGUGUCAAUCUGCGCACGCUCAAUGUUUAUCUUUGAUGAAAUGGACAAAAUGCAUCCUGGCCUGAUUGACAGUAUUAAACCGUAUCUGGAUUUCUAUGAUAACCUGAAUGGAGUGUCGUACAGAAAGGCUAUCUUCAUCUUCCUCAGCAAUGCCGGGGGAGAAAACAUCGUUCAGAUCGCUCUGAAAUUCUGGAAGGACGGAAGAGAACGUGAGGAGAUCAAGUUAAAGGAUCUUGAGACAGCUCUGUCACUGUCAGUCUUCAACAACAAAAACAGUGGUUUCUGGCACACGAGUUUGAUCGAUAAGAACUUGGUUGAUUUCUUCGUGCCGUUCCUCCCGUUGGAAUACAUGCACAUCGUCCAGUGCGGUUUGGCCGAGAUGAAAGUGAAGGGUCACGCCCCUGAUAAAGAAGUUGUUGAAGAAAUGGCACACGAACUCAACUACUUCCCCACAGAAGAACGUGUGUUCUCCAUGCAGGGCUGCAAAGUCAUCUCCAGCAGAUUGGACUUCUAUAUUUAAAAGAACGAGAGAGUGAAAACAAAGCAUUCAAAACCA